AUGGCUGACUCAACAAGAGGGCGCGGCCGCGUCGCUAUCGUUGGCGGCGGCCCGAGUGGCCUCGUGGCUGCCAAGGAGGCGCUGGCCGCGGGGCUACGUCCGACCGUCCUCGAAAAGUCGAGCAGUGCUGGCGGCCUCUGGCGUGCCGCUGAUGGCAAGGUGUGGCAGUCGCUACGAACAAACUUGUCGAAGCACACGUGCGCCUUCUCAGACUUUCCGUGGCCGUCUACAGCAGACGACUUUCCGCAUGCCGAAGACGUCGCCGACUACUUGGAGCGUUACGCUCGGACAUUCGGUCUCCACGCAUGUAUCGAACUCGGAGCGCGGGUCACGUUGGUGCAGCGGGCGUCGUUCGGGCGUGGAUACUGCGUGCGCUGGGUAUCCCAGGGUGGAACCGAGCAAGCGGAGACGUUCGAAUUUGCGAUCAUUGCGGCUGGUGUCUUUUCUGCCCCUCACGUGCCGGCAGAGCUCCACGGCUUCCAGAACCAGGUUGUCCACGCCUCGCAGUACCGCGAUUCGAGCGACUUUGCGGGGCGCCGAUGCCUGGUGCUGGGAGCUGCAUUCAGUGGAGCCGACGCCGCCGCAUCGAUUGCGCGUGUCGCCGAGUCCGUCACGCUCGUAGCAUCCGGCACGGCUCCUCUCUAUUACCUUCCCCGCCUCGUCGACGGGCGACCCAUCGACCUCGCGCUGUACUCGCGUGGCAGGCUCGAAGGGCUGCCGUCGCCUCGUACUGACCGUAAGCCACGCGUGGCCAUCACGGAUGAGCUGAGCCGCGCUGUGAGCGCGGGGCUCCUGAGCGUUCAGACCGCGCGCGUGCGCGCCUGUGAGCGCGGCUGGGUGACUUUCGAGGACGGCAGGCGCGCGGAGUUUGAUGUCAUCUUGGCGGCGACCGGAUAUCGCACUGCCGUCAACUUCCUCGCGCCCGCCCUGUCGGAGGCGGUCGAGUACGACGCCGAUGACUGGCUGCAGCCUCUGAUUGCGCACGAGUGCGUCUGGCCCGCCGCCCCCAACUUGGCAUUCGUCGGGAUGUACCGCGGGCCAUACUUCGGUGUGCUCGAGCUGCAGGCGCGUUGGGCUUGCGGCGUGUUUGCUGGCCGCCUGCCGAUGCCGAGCGCGGGCGAGCUUGCCGAUGGCCUCGCACGCGAGCGUGCCAUUCGGCAGAUGGAUCCACGCCCGCAGUUCCCGCACGAUUACCCGACCAUGGCGGACGACCUCGCUCGCCACGUCGGCGCGCUGCCCGUCACCAUCUUGCAAGACAGCGCGCAUCCGCUGCACGCCCUCCUCUAUCACGGCCCGUUGCUGCCGUUCCACUACCGCUUGCAGGGCCGCCAAGCCAACCCCCGGCUUGCCGAGGCCGCCAUUCGCGAGUGUGAGCGGUCCUACCCUCACCUGGUCGCGAACGACGCCGCAGCCGAUGGCACGGAUCCCGAAGAAGCCAAGGCGGAAAACACAUCGCAAGCAGCGUGUUGA